UCUGAAGCCACCUGUAGCGGAUCUCUAUCCUCCAAAGGAAAUAAACCUCCGAAAGCCACCGAGUUAACGGAACUAAAGCUCUUGACACGGAAGACGUCUUCUGUUUUCCUUUUUUUUUUUUUUGCAUUAUCAAUAACUUUUAUUAUUAUUAUUAUUUGUAUGAACGACAUUUAAAUAGAGAACUAUGUUACCGACGCAUCGACUAUUCCUAUUAAUAUUAAUCUCGACUUCAGCAGUAACAAACAUUCCAUCUGAGAAUACAACUGCACCAUCCACAAACAAUGCCACCACCCCACUGCUGUCAACGCAUGAUGGCAAUGUCACAUCUCCACCUUUAUCUACUCAAGGCAACGUGACAAGCUCGUCUACAGUUGCACCAGAAAAUACUACCAGUUCAUCAGUGAGUACACCAGGAAAUGCCACAGCUUCACCUGCACCUGUAACAACAGAAGCAGCCAACUCCACAAGUCCACUUGUACUUACACCAGAGAAUGCUACAAACCAUCCUGUAACUUCACCAGGCAGCGCCACAACUACUCCUUUACCUGAGCCAGGCAACAGCACAACCCUACCCCAAACUACAAGAGGCAAUGACACUAAUCAUCCCAUUAGCACACCAAGCAACAGCACAGCUUCACCAAUUACAACACCAAGCCAUGCCACAAUUACAACACAGACUACAUCAGGUAAUGCUACAACAGCAAACAAUGCAACAACUCCAACCUUAACCACAGAUAUUUCAAAUCUAACUACACCAGGGAAUAAUGCAACAGUAAAUGUUACCAUACCACCCCUAACUACACCAAUAAAUGCUACUGCUCCACCUCCAACGACACCAGUAAAUGCUACUGCACCACCUCCAACUACACCAGGGAGCAAUGCAACAGUAAUUGCUACCACACCACCCAUCACUAAUCCAGUAAAUGCAACUACACCACCUUCAAAUACAUCAGGGAGCAAUGCAACAGUAAACGCUACCACACCACCCAUAACUACACCAGUAAAUGCUACCACACCACCUCUAACUACACCUGUGAAUAAUACAAUAGUAAAUGUUACCACACCACCCAUAACUACACCAGUAAAUGCUACCACACCACCUCUAACUACACCUGUGAAUAAUACAAUAGUAAAUGUUACCACACCACCCAUAACUACACCAGUAAAUGCUACCACACCACCUCUAACUACACCUGUGAAUAAUACAAUAGUAAAUGUUACCACACCACCCAUAACUACACCAGUAAAUGCUACCACACCACCUCUAACUACACCUGUGAAUAAUACAAUAGUAAAUGUUACCACACCACCCAUAACUACACCAGUAAAUGCUACCACACCACCUCUAACUACACCUGUGAAUAAUACAAUAGUAAAUGUUACCACACCACCCAUGACUACACCAGUAAAUGUUACUAUGCCACCUUUAACUACACCAGAGAAUAAUGCAACAGCACAUGCUACCACACCACCCAUCACUACUCCAGUAAAUGCUACUACACCAUCCCUAACUACGCCAGGGAACAAUGUAACAGUAAACGCUACCACACCACCCAUCACUACUCCAGUAAAUGCUACUACACCAUCCCUAACUACGCCAGGGAACAAUGUAACAGUAAACGCUACCACACCACCCAUCACUACUCCAGUAAAUGCUACUACACCAUCCCUAACUACGCCAGGGAACAAUGUAACAGUAAACGCUACCACACCACCCAUCACUACUCCAGUAAAUGCUACUACACCAUCCCUAACUACGCCAGGGAACAAUGUAACAGUAAACGCUACCACACCACCCAUCACUACUCCAGUAAAUGCUACUACACCACCUCUAAUUACACCAGGAAACACUACAACAGGAAAUGCCACCACACCACCAGUAAAUGCUACAACACCCCCCCUAACUACACCAGGGAACAAUGCAACAGUACACACUACCACACCACCCAUUACUACUCCAGUAAAUGCUACUACACCACUUCUAACUACACCAGGAAACAAUGUAACAGGGAAUGCCACCACACCACCAGUAAAUGCUACAACACCACCCCUAACUACACCAGGGAACAAUGCAACAGUACACACUACCACACCACCCAUCACUACUCCAGUAAAUGCUACCACUUCACCUCUAACUACACCAGGAAACAAUGCAACAGGGAAUGCCACCACACCACCCAUCACUACACCAGUAAAUGCUACAACACCACCAAUAACAACACCAGGGAACAAUGCAACAGUGCACACUACCACACAAUCCAUCACUACACCAGUAAAUGUUACAACACCACCCCUAACUACACCAGGGAACAAUGCAACAGUAAACGCUACCACACCACCCAUAGCUACACCAGGAAAUACUACAACAGGGACUGCUACGCCACCACCUCAGUCUACACCAGGAAAUGCUACUACACCACCCAUAACCAACUCAACGACUGGACCCACUGUUUCUACUACUAACCCAACUAACACUACAACCACGCCAGCUACCUGUCCUGCAGUGCCCUGCCCACCACUCAGUGUCUGUGUGAACUCCAUCUGUCAGUGUGUGACAGGAACUAUUCCUUUAAAUAAUGCCUGUGUGGAAACUAAAACCUUCCCUAGUACACUGCGGGUGAACCGCACUUUUGAAGAGGCUAUGAACAAUCCACAAUCACCUGAAUUCCAGAAAACUGCUAAAGAGAUCAUUGCUGCGGUAAAUGAAGCUCUGCGUAACCAGUCAAACUACAUUAACAGCACAGUAAUUAGGUUGAUGUCUGGCAGUAUAGUGGCCACAGUAAACAGUUUUUUUGAGCCCAAUUCUCCAGUCACACAGGAGUUGGUUACAUCUGCCAUGAAUACUGCUAUAAGUGAUUGUGAGAAGACAAACUGUGGUAUUCUUGCUAAUGCUCAAUACACUGCAUCCAAUCUGUGUGAGCAAGAUCCUCCUCCUUGUGAUAUUAACACUACAUUGUGUGAGGCCAAAGAUGGGACAACUGAUUGUAUCUGCAAACCUGGCCAUAUAUCUAGUCUUUACCAGACCAGAAGCUGUAGAGUUUGCCCUAGUGGCUACAAAGCGCAGGCAGACACGUGUGUUCGAUGUCCAUUUGGCUAUUCUGGAUUUAACUGUGAUGACUCCUAUUUGUUGGCUCUAGUGGUGGUGGCGUGUGUGUUAGGGGGAGUUCUGCUCAUUGUGAUUUUGGCUGUACUCAUCUACAUCUGUGUGACUCGAAGCAAGAAGAAGUCAAGCAGCAAUUAUUACAACAGCCCGUACCCUGCUGAGGAGUUCCAGACCACGUGGCCCUCUCAGGACAUCACCCAUAUUCCACGAGCUACUGUGACAUCUAGUUCCAGCAUUGAUGCCACUGGCAACAGUCUAGAGAUGUCUGAAGGGCCAGGCAAGAAAGGCCACAGUAAUGGAUUGUCGGGCUCGUAUGACCUCAGAACAGAUGGCAUGAGGACCUUUAAGGAUAUAAACCCCACACGCUACUCUUAUCUGGUGGGUCACGAAAACCCCUACUUCAUACAAGGAGAUGAGAAGAAAUGAGGAAAACAGCAGAGAAAGCCAGUGGACAAGAAAAGAGUGCAAUAGCGACAUGGAUUAUAAAAAGGCCUUGGAUCAAAAUGUUUCAGGAACGUUAACACUGUCAAAACCAUACAGCUGAUCACAGAGUCAAAGUAUAUACACAAACAGCAUUUGAGAGAUACGUUUAUAUAUAUAUAUAUAUAUAUAUACAUUUUACAGUUUUUAUUCCAAAUCCCUUUCACCCAGGAUAAAAUGCUCUUUUCUUAAAAGUGCAUUGAUGGUUGGGUUUCUUCUACCACAAGCUUGAUAAACGUGUCCUGUGUAUGACAAUGUGAAAUGAAUGCUUAACCACUCAUCUGUUGAUAUCUGUAUUUUUUGUCACUUCUUAUGUUUUGUCUGCACAUUUCAUUUUCAGAGUUUUGUUAUCUGACAGAGAUCAUGCAUAUGUUACUGUGGUUUUCAACUCAAAAUACUUUAUUAUAAAGGAUGUAAUAUUAAACCAUAUUUUAUUUAAAUUUCUCAUCUGUGGAAGCGAUAAGGGCAGAAUAUCCAGUAGUUCUGAUGUAUCUAAUCUAUAUUCUGACAGUAACUGCACUUUGUAGGAGAGAGCAUGUCUUGUGUCUAUGUGUGUGUGUGUGUGUGUGUGUUUUAAGUUUUAUCUAUCACAAAGACAGAACUGGUACAUUCAGUUAUGAAUUUUUGGUUGAUAUCUCCUCCAAAGAAUUAAUUUAUUUUAUGCCAGGACAAUGCAUGCCACCAGAAAUUGAUCUCUGUGCCUGAUUGUGAUGUUAUCUUUUGAAUAGGAGAAUUAUGCAAUGAUGAGGAGUUAACAACCAUGUCUCCUCUGUAGUCGUGCCAAUAAUUAUAUUUAUUUAAAUCAGUACAUGACAUUGUUUACUCAGCUGUCUGUUUGCUUCAUAUACAUAUUUAUGUGUAACUGGGAUAUUUUCUAUCUGUACAUAAAGCUUUUGUAAAAAAAACAAAAACAUAAAAAAAAGCUCCUUGUAUAAAGUGAUUAAUC